AUGGCCGGAGCAAAUUCGACAGGGCCAUCGACAGCUGAGGAAUUGGCGGAAGAUGAUGGUGGCUUCUUUGGUGCAUUUGCGGAAGAGGCUGCAGGUGGUGUUUCGCGACGCAAGCGCAGUCGUCAAGCUUAUGAGCAGGAGUUAGAGCAGCAUAGGGUGGAAGCGGCGGAAGAUGAGGUGAUUCGGAAGGCACGCGCAGAAGAGGCGCGUAAGCAGAUAGCGGCAAAGGUACUUGCCAGGGCGAGUCCUCGCGAGGUUCAACAGGCAGUCAAGAAGGCAAAGAAGGAAGGUCAACAGAGGUCAGCACAGGUAGAGGGCGGCAAAACCCAGAAAGUUGAAGUCUCUGCGCGGCAAGAAAGACGGAGGAAACAGAAGUAG